AUGGAAGAUGAAACAAGUCGAACGACCAAUGUCAUUGGAAGCACACCUUUGGCUCUUACCGAGUCUCUUGAUUCAACAAUGGAAGUUCAACAACAUGCAUUGAUGGUGAAGAGAAAAGCUAUAGAAUCAAGAUCUGCUGCUUGGCCGCAUUAUGAGAAGCUCUUAGAAGAUGGAAUUAAUAAAGCUAAGUGCAGGUAUUGUGGUAAAGUUCUCUUAGCUGAUUCAACUAAAAAUGGAACAAGUGGACUCAAUAAACAUUUGAAAACUUGUCCUAAAAAUCCAAAUAAGGUUAACAAUUUCAAUUCCAAGUACAAACAAUCAAAUUUAAACUUUCCCUUAGAAGGUGAAAUGUGUGAUGGGGCAAUUUGGACUUUUGAUCAAGAGGCAUCUCGGAGGGCUUUAGUUGAGAUGUUAAUCCUUGAUGAACUUCCUUUUCGUUUUGUUGAAAAGGAAGGUUUUAAGAAUUUUAUGAAAAAAACCCAACCUUUAUUUCGAGUUCCCUCCCGUAGAACAGUGACUAGGGAUUGUUAUCAAGUUUUUGGUGAAGAGAGACAAAAGUUUAUGAAGUAUUUGAAAGAAACAUCACCGAGAGUUGUUACUAGUCAUAAGGGUGACGAAAUGGCCCGUUGGAUUAGUAAGUGUUUGCUUGAUUGGAAAUUGGAGAAAAUAAUCACUAUAACUGUAGAUAAUGCUUCUUCUAAUGAUGUCAUGGUGAAAGAGUUACACAAACAAAUGGUUAAUUGGGGAUCUAACAUGAAAUGUGGUAACCAUCUUCACGUGAGAUGUAUGGCUCACAUUUUGAAUCUUAUUGUGCAAGAUGGCAUGAAAGAAGUUGGUCCAUCGAUCAAACGUGUUAGGCAAAUGGUGAAAUAUGUUAGACAAUCUCCCGCAAGGAUUAGAAAAUUUAAGGAAUGUUGUGAACUAAAAAAUAUAGACAGUAAGAAGUCAUUAUGUUUAGAUGUUUCAACCCGGUGGAAUUCGACCUACUUGAUGUUGGAUGCCGCACAACAUUUUGAGAGUGCAUUUGAUUACUUUGAUCUCGAAGAUGGUGGAUUGUCAACUUAUCUUGCUAAUCAUGUUUGUGAAGAUGGAAGUGUUUCAGGUGUACUUGAAAGUGAUGAUUGGCAAAAGGUUUCAGGUUCACUCUACGUCACUUCUGCUGGUCACUUUGAAGAUAUAGUUGAGCUUCACAAUCAUUUAAGAGAGUAUCCUCGUAACAAACUUGAGUAUGUUGGCGACGCACUUGAGGAUAUGUUUGGAGAUGAAAAGGGGAGUGAAAUAAAAGAUGAAAUGGUGACUUACAUGAAAUCUAUGUUUGAAGAGUAUGUAGCAAAAUUCUCUAAUGUAUCUCGACGCCCAUCUACUCUCUCUGAUUUAUCGGGUCAGACAUCGGAUUCAUCUAUCUCUAACACUAGCACAAAAUCAACAAAAGUAAGAAAUAGGAUCCAAAUGAAGAGGAACAAACUAGAUGGUACAGGUUUGGGUAGUAAGUCAGAGUUGGAAAGGUAUCUUAGUGAAGAACUAGAGCCGACUGAUGAUGACGAUAAUUUUGAUAUCUUGUCGUGGUGGAAAGUUCAUUCUCCUAGAUAUAAAAUUCUUUCUGAGAUGGCUCGUGAUGUGUUGGAGUUCUUUGACUCCGAAAUUGGUGCAAGUUGUUAUUUGUCUUCAAGAUUGGCGUCGAAAUGA